UUCUCUUUCUCUGCGUUGAGGUACAGUAAAGAUAAGGUUAGGUAGGUUGUUUUUAUGAAACUGCAUUUAAUUUAACCUCUAGAGUGUUUGCCUCAUAACAAGGACAAAAUGUCUCUUGCCAGAGUUUGUUUAGCAUCUCAAAAACUUUUUGCACACAGGAAUUUAAUUAAUAUCAGUUCACAACUUCGCAGCGUUUCAACAACUAGGAAAAACAGCGAUGUUGCAUCUGCAUCCGUCGAACGUACUGGUGAGGCUCAAAAGAUUUGGACAACCUAUGGCUUUGAAACAGAGUCUGACAAAGAUGAUAAAAUGCAUACACACCUAAGUUUCUUUUUUGGAAUAACGAUUGCCACGGUAGGAACUGUCUUUCUCAUUGCAUACGCUCCAAAAGAUACGGAUUGGGUUCACAGAGAAGCUUAUUUGGAAUUGAGAAGACGAGAGGAAGCAGGUUUACCACUCAUUGACAAGAAUUUCCUUGAUGUAUCAAAGAUUCACCUUCCUUCAGAUGAAGAAUUGGGAGACGUUGAAAUUAUUAUUUAAGCUAGUCUUUUUCAAGAUCAUAAAGUUUCUGCCUAUCUUACUUUGUCACUAAAUGUAGCUUAGUUGUUGCUUACUGUCAACUUGAAAAC